AUGGACAUCGCCAUCCACCACCCCUGGAUCCGCCGGCCCUUCUGGCCCUUCCCCACGUCCAGCCGCAUCUUCGACCAGGGCUUCGGGGAACACCUCCUGGACUCGGACCUGUUCCCCACUUCUUUCCCGGCCUUCCCCACCUCCUUCCCGGCCCUGAGCUCCUGCUACCUGAGGCCCUCCUUCCUCCGGCCGUCCAGCUGGAUCGACACUGGACUCUCCGAGAUGCGACUGGAGAAGGACAAGUUCUCCGUGAACCUGGACGUGAAACACUUCUCCCCGGAGGACCUCAAAGUCAAGGUGCUGGGGGACGUGAUUGAGGUGCACGGCCAGCACGAGGAGCGCCAGGACGAGCACGGCUUCAUCUCCCGCGAGUUCCACCGGAAGUACCGGCUCCCGGCCGACGUGGACGCCCUCGCCAUCACCUCGUCCCUGUCAUCCGACGGGGUGCUGAGCGUGACCGGCCCCCGGAAGCAGGCCGCCGGCCCCGAGCGCACCAUCCCCAUCAAGCGGGAGGAGAAGCCCGCCGUGACCGCGGCCCCCCGCAAGUAG